UUUUUUUACCUAAAGGAAAGUGAAUGUAAAGCAUAUAAUCCACGGCCUUUUUGUAAAACUUAUACCAUGGAUAAGCAGCCACUGAACACUGGAGAGCAAAAAGAUAUGACUGAAUUCUUCACUGACCUGAUCACAAAAAUAGAAGAGAUGUCUCCAGAACUGAAAAACACAGUGAAAAGUUUGUUUGGAGGUGUUAUCACAAACAAUGUUGUUUCCUUGGACUGUGAACAUGUAAGCCAGACUGCUGAAGAGUUCUAUACAGUAAGAUGCCAGGUAGCAGAUAUGAAGAAUAUUUACGAAUCUCUUGAUGAAGUAACUAUUAAAGAUACCUUGGAAGGUGAUAACAUGUAUACCUGUUCUCAUUGUGGGAAAAAAGUGCGGGCUGAAAAAAGGGCAUGUUUUAAGAAACUACCUCGUAUCUUAAGCUUCAACACUAUGAGAUAUACAUUUAAUAUGGUAACUAUGAUGAAGGAGAAAGUGAACACUCAUUUUUCAUUCCCUCUGCGUUUGGAUAUGACACCUUAUACUGAAGAUUUCCUCAUGGGAAAAAAUGACAGGAAAGAAGGUUUUAAGGAAGACGGUGAAUAUUUGAAAGAAACAGAGAGUUAUGAGUAUGAUCUCAUCGGUGUAACAGUUCAUACAGGAACAGCAGAUGGUGGACAUUAUUACAGUUUCAUCAGAGAUAUAGUAAAUCCCCAUGCUUACAAAAACAACAAAUGGUAUCUUUUCAACGAUGCUGAAGUAAAACCAUUUGAUUCAACACAGCUUGCCUCAGAAUGUUUUGGUGGAGAAAUGACUACAAAAACAUAUGAUUCUGUUACUGAUAAAUUUAUGGACUUCUCCUUUGAAAAGACACACAGUGCUUACAUGCUGUUUUACAAACGGAUGGAGCUGGAAGAGGAAAAUGGCAAAGACUACAAAUUUGAUGUUUCUUCGGAAUUGCUGGAGUGGAUAUGGCAUGAUAACAUGCAGUUUCUUCAAGACAAGAACAUUUUUGAACAUACAUAUUUUGGGUUUAUGUGGCAUUUGUGUAGUAGCAUCCCAAGCACGCUACCAGAUCCAAAAGCAGUUUCCCUGAUGACAGCAAAGUUAAGCACUUCUUUUGUACUAGAGACAUUUAUUCAUUCAAAGGAAAAGCCUACAAUGCUUCAGUGGAUUGAGCUUUUAACAAAGCAGUUUAAUAACAGUCAGGCAGCUUGUGAAUGGUUUUUGGAUCGUAUGGCAGAUGAUGAUUGGUGGCCAAUGCAGAUUCUAAUAAAGUGUCCCAAUCAGAUUGUGAGACAGAUGUUCCAGCGUUUGUGCAUUCAUGUGAUACAGAGACUGAGACCAGUGCAUGCGCAUCUUUAUCUUCAGCCAGGGGUGGAAGACUGUUCGGAUGACAUGGAUGGUCCUGUGGAAGACAUCGGCAGUCGCUCCUGUGUGACACGUUUUGUGAAGACUCUCUUGUCUAUUAUGGAGCAUGGCGUUAAGCCACACAGUAAACAUCUCACAGAAUACUUUGCCUUUCUUUAUGAAUUUGCCAAAAUGGGUGAAGAGGAAAGCCAGUUCUUGCUUUCACUGCAAGCCAUAUCAACAAUGGUUCACUUCUACAUGGGAACUAAAGGACCUGAAAAUCCACAGGUUGAAGUACUUUCUGAGGAAGAAGGGGAGGAGGAGGAGGAGGAGGAAGAUAUACUUUCUUUAGCAGAAGAAAAAUAUAGGCCUGCUGCUCUUGAGAAGAUGAUUGCUCUGAUUGCUCUCCUAGUUGAACAGUCUCGCUCUGAAAGGCAUUUGACUUUAUCACAGAAUGACAUGGCAGCAUUAACAGGAGGAAAGGGAUUUCCUUUUUUGUUUCAACAUAUCCGUGAUGGUAUCAACAUCAGGCAAACUUGCAAUCUGAUCUUCAGUUUGUGUCGGUACAAUAAUAGACUUGCAGAACAUAUUGUGUCCAUGCUUUUCACAUCAAUAGCAAAGUUGACUCCUGAGGCUGCCAAUCCUUUUUUCAAGUUGUUGACUAUGCUAAUGGAAUUUGCUGGUGGACCCCCAGGAAUGCCACCUUUUGCUUCUUACAUUCUGCAGAGGAUUUGGGAGGUCAUUGAAUACAACCCAUCUCAGUGCCUGGAUUGGCUGGCUGUGCAAACGCCUCGAAAUAAACUAGCGCACAGCUGGGUGCUACAAAACAUGGAAAACUGGGUUGAACGUUUUCUUCUGGCACAUAACUAUCCUAGAGUGAGAACUUCUGCAGCCUAUCUCUUGGUGUCGCUUAUUCCAAGCAAUUCCUUCCGUCAGAUGUUCCGAUCAACCCGCUCUUUGCACAUCCCUACACGUGAUCUGCCACUUAGUCCAGAUACUACAGUAGUUCUUCAUCAAGUCUACAACGUGCUUCUUGGCCUUCUUUCGAGAGCUAAGUUAUAUGUUGAUGCUGCUGUUCAUGGCACAACAAAACUUGUGCCCUACUUCAGUUUCAUGACAUACUGCUUGAUCUCAAAAACUGAGAAACUCAUGUUUUCUACUUACUUCAUGGACUUAUGGAACCUUUUCCAGCCUAAACUUUCUGAGCCAGCUAUAGCCACCAACCACAAUAAACAGGCUUUGUUGUCUUUUUGGUAUAACGUCUGUGUUGACUGUCCAGAGAACGUGCGCCUUAUUGUACAGAACCCUGUGGUGACAAAGAACAUUGCCUUCAAUUACAUCCUUGCUGACCACGAUGAUCAGGAUGUAGUGCUCUUCAACCGUGGGAUGCUGCCUGCCUACUAUGGCAUCCUGCGUCUCUGCUGUGAGCAGUCCCCUGUGUUCACGAGGCAGUUGGCUUCUCACCAGAACAUCCAGUGGGCGUUCAAGAAUCUCACGCCACAUGCCAGUCAGUACCCAGGAGCAGUAGAAGAACUGUUUAACCUCAUGCAACUUUUUGUAGCUCAGAGACCAGACAUGAGAGAGGAAGAGAUAGAAGACAUAAAGCAGUUUAAGAAAACCACCAUAAGCUGUUAUCUGCGCUGCUUGGAUGGACGAUCUUGUUGGACUACUUUAAUAAGUGCCUUCAGAAUAUUAUUGGAGUCUGAUGAAGACAGGCUUCUUGUUGUGUUUAACAGAGGAUUGAUUCUGAUGACUGAGGUAUUUUUGUUAUUAAUUUUGAUAAAAAGCUUACUUUUUUUACCAAUCCAGUACAUCAUUCCCAUCUCAGCAUUCACUUUAAAUUGUUUUAGUGUGGUAUCAUUUAAAAUACAGAUGAACUAUGUGGAUGAAUUACUGAUGUGUAAAACCUUAAUUUUUAGGCUCAUGGGAAAGACAAAAGAUUUACCAGACAUGCCUGAGCUAUCAUGUACAAAUUUAAAUGAGUAAAUUUGAGGCAAUAAAGAUCUUCAUAUUAGAUAAAAAUAAGAGCUUACUAGAUUAGUGAUUUGGUAGGGUAAUUAUGAAAAAUGUAGCUUAAAUAGGAAAGAUGGGCAAGAAAUAGUAAGGCUGAUAUCUCAGAUGUGUAGAGCAGUUGCUCUGAAGUUCACAGUGGAGGGUAAAUCAGGAGCUAUUGUAGUUUAGUCUACUAUAGAUCACAAACCAGUAAAGGAAGUGAAUUGGGUCUUUUGUAAAUUUGGAG